CCGGUAUUCCCCUUCACCCGUCACGUGCCCCUAAGCACCCCACAUCCUCCUGCUCCUCCGGCUGCCCAGCACCUUUCAAACACCCAAUAGCCUGUCACUCUCGUGUACUCCUGUAGCCCAUAGCCCCUCUGUCUUCUGUAAGCACCUGAUCCCCCUUUACCACCCCAUUUUCCUGCAUCUCCAGCAUCUUUCCUUGCACCUCUCCUGCACUCCCUAAGCAUGCAGUGUCCCUCUUUCCUUGCCUGCAUCUGCCCUGGCACUGUGUUUGAGGCAGGAACAUGUGCUUUGGGGGGAGAAUGAAAGGACACAUUGGGGGCAUCCUGCCUCCAUUCCCAAGUAGUGGGAGAUUUCUCCCAUGGAGGCGGUGUUCCAGGACUUGUACUGGGGAGACCUUUGUCCUGUCCCACUCCGGUUUCUGUGAUGACUGAGCUUGCUGCGGACUUUGGAGGGGCCGGUGGGUGAUUAACCAUCUUGCAGCUCUUCCCCCAGAGCUUUGCAGCCUUUGUCCCUGCCAUGGCACCUGGAAAGCCUGGGAAGAGCACGGGGGCCUCAGAGGACCCCUCAGUUACGCUUUUCCGGGAGUACCUGAGGAUUGACACUGUGCACCCCAAACCUGACUAUGAUGCUGCUGUCCGGUUUCUGGAGCGCGUCGGCACUGACUUGGGCUUGGCCUGCCAGAAAGUGGAGGUGUGCCAGGGCCGUGUGGUGCUGGUCCUGACCUGGCAGGGCACGAACCCCCGCCUGCGCUCCAUCCUCCUCAACUCACACACCGAUGUUGUGCCUGUCUUCGAGGAACACUGGACCUACCCACCCUUUGAGGCUGUUAAGGAUUCUCAAGGCAACAUCUAUGCCCGCGGUGCCCAGGACAUGAAGUGUGUCUCCAUCCAGUACCUUGAGGCCAUCCGGAGGUUGAAGGCAGAGGGAAAGUGUUUUGCCCGCACCAUCCACCUCACCUUUGUGCCCGAUGAGGAGGUGGGUGGACACAAGGGCAUGGAGAUGUUCGUGCAGCGCCCAGAGUUCAAAGCACUCAAUGUGGGCUUCGCCCUGGAUGAGGGCCUGGCCAGCCCCUCUGACACCUUCAGUGUCUUCUACGGCGAGAAGAGCCCAUGGUGGAUAAAGGUGAAGUGCAUGGGCAGCCCCGGGCAUGGAUCCCGCUUCAUCAGCAACACAGCGGCUGAGAAGUUGCACAAAGUCAUCAGCUCCUUCCUGGCCUUCAGGGAGAGUGAGAAACAGAGGCUCAAGUCCGACUCAAGCCUGACCCUAGGGGACGUCACCUCACUCAACCUGACCAUGCUAGAGGGGGGCGUCUCCUUCAACGUGGUGCCCUCUGAGAUGGCGGCCGGCUUCGACAUCCGCAUCCCACCCACCGUGGACCUGAAGGCCUUUGAGGAGCAGGUAGCCGCGUGGUGCCGGGAUGCUGGGGAUGGUGUCACCUAUGAGUUUCUCCAGAAAUGCAUGGACCAGCACAUCACCUCCACUGAGGAAUCGAACCCGUGGUGGAAAGCCUUCAGCGGGGUCUGCAGGGACAUGAAGCUGCAGCUCAAGCUCGAGAUCUUCCCAGCUGCCACCGACAGCCGCUACAUCCGAGCGGCAGGACACCCUGCUAUCGGCUUCUCGCCCAUGAACCGCACCCCAGUGCUGCUCCAUGACCACAACGAGUUCCUCAACGAGCAGGUCUUCCUGCGGGGCAUUGAGAUCUACGCCUGCCUCCUGCCCGCCCUGGCAUCGGUGGCCCCGCUGCCCUCCGAGGGCUGAGCACCCUGGCAAGGAGUGGGAGGGGGGGAUGCCAGCAGUGGGACACAGGGCUUUAAGAGGGGGCAGGGCAUGGGCACAGCAGAUGCCUGCCAGCAUCAUGCCGCAUGGCUGUGCUCAGUGCUGGCCCAGUGGUGAUGCCUGUGCCGAGCAUCCUGGCUGUGUCCUCGAAAUCCAGGUCCCAGCCACCCUCCUGGGGGUUGUGCUCCAGGUGCCAUCAGAGCCUUCUGCCCAGUGCCUCCUGUCUUUCCUGGUCUCAGUGAUGCCAUCUUGUCCCUGUGCCACCUCUGGCUGCGCUGGCUCUGGGGUAAGGGGCUGGCCAAUGCCUGGUUCUGCCUGCCCGUGCCUUGUCCUGCUCCCUGCCCGCUUGUCAGGGGAGCUGGGGCCAGUGCUGCGCAUCGAGUCAAUAAAUCUUGGCAAGCACA